UUAUAUUUAUGAGAAGUUAAUAAUCUAACACAAUGAUUUAAGUGAAACUACAACACCUGUGGAUGGCGAACAAUCAUCUUAAGCCAAUUAGUGUGUAAAAUAGCUGUAGAUACUGUUAGGUAACGCAAAACAAGAGAAACGAUCGAAGCAAAUUUGAAAGUAAACUAAUUCUGUGUAGAAAAUUGAUUGUCCAAGGUUUUUACGUACAGCAUCAUCUUGACAAUGUCAGAAAGAAUGGAUAACAAGCUGUAUAACUGGGCUUCAAGUUUGACACAUCACCACAAGGUGUUCAGCCAUGAUCAACCACUUACCCCGCAACACUUUUCUGACUUGACACGUGACAAGAAUUUACAACCCGUGCUCUCUUUCUUAAUACGUCACGUUCGACCACCUGAAGAGAGAAGAUUAAUCAAACUGAACCUGAAACAUGCUCGCUUCAGGAAGCAUCUAAGAGAAGAUGAAAGGGAAUUGUUGCCAUCAGAGGAGAUAUUUAGACUUAAAGCUGCUAUCGUGGAGACAAGGGCAACUUUGGCAGCAGAGGUGAAGGAGAUACAGCAACUCAGCCAGAAAAAAGAGGAACUUCAUCAGAGACGAGUGGAAGUGCAACGUCGAAUAAUGCUUUUAAAGGUGGUACAGGAGGAGAGAGAGCGGGAGAUCCAUCACUGCCAGUUAUGGAACUCUCAACUCUGUAAUUUAGCAGAAACUAUUUCUUCUAAAAAGGGUCAGAAAACUUCCAGAACUGACAUGGCUUUACAGCAACAGCUGCGAGGCAGUCUGUUAGAUUUAGAAAAAUUCCAUCACUCAAUCAUCACUGGUCGUCUGAUGUCUCCAGAUUACAUCCACCAACAAAAGCUAUGUUUGUGGGAGCACAUUGGUAAUUCAGUGGAGGACUGGGACCCGAGGAUGCUCCUUGAUGUCAUGUUAAGUGAAGUGCGUGAAGGCACACGUAGUCUUCACUCCAGAGUUCAGUACGUUGACCUAGCAAGAGAUGCACGUGAACUAAGAUUGAAGUGUGAAAGUGAUGGAUCAUUUAUUGAUGAGAUGAACCCAGGAGGAGUAAUAGAAUCUGUACGUGAGCUCCUUGGACAGAUGAGUGCAGCCCAUGUUAAACUAUAUGUGGAAGCACAUCGAGCGGAUCAGGCAGCUUCAUCUCUAACUCGAGCACUCAACACACUAAACAAAAAUAUAUCUGCUGUUGCUAAGCGCACCUAUUGUGAUGAAGCUGUUGCUGCUGCAGUAAUUGAUGUGGUAAAUGCUAACAUAGCAGUGGUGGGUGAGCGUGCAGCUCUCAACGCAGCCCACACACUCACUGCUUCCCUUCAAGAACGUGCUGAUACUGCUGCUCGGGCACGUGACGCUCUGAGGGCCAAGCAUGCCAAGAUAAUGAGCUUUGAAAAAGAAGUUCAAGACAGAGUGGAGAGUAUUCAGUGCCUGGCAACAAGUGUGCGUGGUGGCUGGCCUAGCAUCAAGGAUCAGUUAGUACAGCUUAAAUAUUCCAUUAACAAGACCUUAUCAUCCACUAUUUACCCAACUCCUGUUUCUCCAAAUUCUUUGGGCAAUGAAUGUGAAGCAUUUACAGCAGUUCCAUUAGCCUAUCUUCUCACAACCAACAUUGAUGGGUCUGAGCUGCGGCAGAAAGCAAAGAUGUCAACGUGUUCACUUGUAUGGUAUGACACGGCUGUUGCUGAAGCAGGUUGGAAAGCCGUUUCUCAACUUGGUAGUGGAUUGCAUUGUUGGGAUGGCAUCUAUAAUACUGUUUGUGAGCAAUUAAAUCUAACAAACUACUUUCACAACCAGAUAGGACGACUAGAAACUGUCAGAGAGGCCAUACACAGUGCUCAGAAAAAUACCCAGUUUCUCACCGGUCAAGAAAUGAAAGAGUUGAUUAAUCGUGUAGAAGAAAGUGACAGGAAGCUGCAUGAAGAAGUGUCUCAGCAGACAGAGAACUUGCAGCAGAAACUUGCCGAGGGGUUCCAGAGUCUCACUGUAGUCAACAAGAUCUUCUCUGAUUGGUGGGAGCAACCUGCAAAAUUCAUCAAAUUAAAGCAAACCUGCAAUAGUUAGAAACAGAUUAUGUUCCAUUCUCACAUAUUAUUUACCAUAGUUAUUAUCAUAUUAAAUGUGAAGUACAGUACUGUAUUGGCAGUGUCAGAAAGGGAGAGGCUGUGUACUGUGGCACUAUUUCUGUGGUUUUCUUGUGUUCAGUACUGGGAGUACUCUUUCAUCAGUGGUGAGUGCAAGUGGUGGUUGUGCUAGGACAAAAUGCGUGUAGGAACAUACAAUACAAGCAGUAAAGAUAAACUGAACUAAUUGAGAAUGGCCACACAACACCAAACUUACAGUUGCAAUUUAGCAAUGCUGCCCAAAGAAAUACGCAUUCUGUGAUAUUAGACAAGACAAA